AUUGAAAAAUACAAUGUCAAGCAUGUGGGGUGAAGAAAUUAGAGGAGAGAGAAAGUAAUAAUAAGUGUUGAAAAACUAUUAAAAUAGUACAAAAAGUACAAUAACACAUGAAAAAGUAAGGACUUUUGAGUAAAAAAAGUUGUAAAACAAGGAUAAUUUUGUCCAAAAUUUAUGACCAAAAUAAGAAACAUACUAAAUGUAAAGAAUAAAAAGAAACACCCUAAAUGAAAAUGUAAAAAACAUUUAGGAACAGGGAGAUUAGCUUUUUUUACUCCGUAUAAAAUGAAGUAUAUAAAAGGAAUCACCUUGUUCCCAUUUCCCUCCCACCAAAACAACAAAGGAAAAUUGAACAAAACCACUUUCAAGUUUCAACACUUAAAAAACACAAAAAAUUAAAAAAUCAAACCUAACACACUACCUAGCUUUUAUUCACUCCAAAACAGACAUAUUCCAUUUAACACACACACAUACAUACAUACAUUCCCUCUCAUCUCAUCUCUUCUCUUCUCUUCUCUUCUCCUCACUUACCCCAAAAAACCCAACAAUGGAGGAAUGUCAUCACCUCCUUACCCUCCUCCUCAUUCUUGUCUCAAUCAUCAACGCCGUUAACUCCACUUGCACCUCAAACACCACCUCCACUUCUCCCGCCGACGUCGAACUCGUCCUUAAAGCCUUCAGUUCCGUCUCAGGGUUCAACUCCACCCUCUUUCGCCACCAAUACAACUACACAUUCACCAAAAAUACAACCACUAGAACUAAUAAUAAAUGUUCAAUACCACCAAUUAUAAUAACUCAACUUAACCUCUCAUUUCACAAUUUAAGUGGCGCCAUUUCUUGGAAAUUCCUUAAAAACCUUUCCAAUUUACAAACCCUAGAUCUCUCUCAUAAUUACCUUAAAGGGUCUGUUCCUGAUUGGGUUUGGUCCCACUCUUCUCUCCGAAAAAUCAACCUUUCUUCCAACCAGUUCGGGGGUAGUAUUGUCAUUCCACAUUCGCCAUUUUCAGAGCUUCAAGCUGUUAAUCUUUCUCAUAAUAGGUUUACUAAGUUGGCUAAUUUUUCUGGGUUUUUCAAUUUGACUUCUCUUGAUGUUUCUCACAAUGAUUUGAGGGUUUUGGAAUCUGGGUUUUUAAGAAAUUCGACAAAGUUGGAAACUUUGGAUAUUUCUCACUGUAAUUUUUCUGGGAAAUUAACACCCAUCAUCAAAAAUUUGAGAAAUUUGAAAUAUCUUGAUGUUUCGAACAACAAUUUAAAGGGUAAAUUUCCUUUAGAUUUUCCGCCAUUGGAGAAGCUCGAGUAUCUCAAUAUUUCGGUUAACAAUUUCAGUGGGAAUUUCUCAAAGGAGAGUAAAUAUUACCAUAAAUUUGGUAAAUCUUCAUUUUUAAGAGCUGGAAAUUUCAAUUUUUCCAACAAUUUGGUAACAAAUUCGAAAACCCCACAUCAUAAAAUGGCGAAAAGAGAGAACCCCAUGAAAAUAAAACAGGGGAAAAACAGAGCAAAAAAAUCAAGAAAAAUGGGGUUAAAGUUGAUCAUAGGAGUGUCGUUUGGUUCAGGAGCAAUUGUCGUUUUGAUAUCUGCUUGUCUGUAUCUCAUCCACAGGAGAAGAAUGGUGGGGAUGAGUAAAAAAAAGUGGGUAAUUUCAAAGCCAAUUCAAACUCCAUUUAAAAUGGAUAAAUCAGGGCCGUUCAAUUUCGAGACAGAUUCAGGAUCACAAUGGAUGGUUGAGAUUAAAGAGGCUUCAUCUGCUCCUGUUGUGAUGUUUGAGAAGCCUUUGAUGAGUUUGAGUUUCAAGGAUUUGAUUGCUGCCACGUGUCAUUUUGGGAGGGAGUCACAGCUGGCAGAAGGAAGGUGUGGGCCCCUUUAUAGGGCUGUUUUGCCAGGUGAGCUACACGUGGCAAUUAAGGUGUUGGAAAAUGCUAGAGGAGUUGACUGUGAUGAAGCUAUUGCUAUGUUUGAAGAUUUGUCAAAGCUUAAGCAUCCUAACUUGUUGCCUAUUUCUGGUUACUGCAUUGCAGGGAAGGAGAAGCUAGUAUUGUAUGAGUAUAUGUCUAAUGGUGACUUGCAUUCUUGGCUACAUGAGCUCCCACCUGGUAUGCCUAAUGUCGACGAUUGGAGUACUGACACGUGGGAGCUCCAAAAUGACCCCGAAGCCACGCCGGAUAUUAACACCGCGUCACCGGAGAAAAUAAAUUGGCUAAUGCGCCAUAGAAUCGCGCUUGGGGUGGCUCGUGGCCUUGCCUACCUUCACCAUGCACAGUCUAAGCCUGUGGUCCACGGCCACCUCGUGCCCUCGAAUAUCCUCCUCACUGAUGACCUAGAGCCUCGCGUUGCGGACUUUAGCAUGCAUCGAAUAGAAAAUGCUGGGUCCGCCGAGGAUGAUGUAUAUGGGUUUGGACUAAUUGUGAUCGAGUUAAUGACUGGUCAAACAAUUGAUUUAGAGACGGUAAAUAAAGUGAGAAGAGCAGUCAGGGAUGGCAAUGGAUCCAGACUCUUAGACCCAAGACUCAGACUAGACAAUGACUCGGCCAAGGGAGCGGUCGAGUGUAUACGAGUAGGGUACUUGUGCACGGCAGAGAACACUAGUAAACGGCCUACAAUGCAACAAGUUGUGGGUUUACUAAAGGAUAUACAACCACGUUAGCUUUGCUCUAUUCGCAUCGUUUGAGAUACACGUAAUGCAAAAGCGCGUGAGAAUAUAUAGAAAUUGAGGGGACCAAAAUUAGUAAUUUUACACUUUUGCUUAGGGUCCCUAAAGAGAAUUACUCUUUUGCCCCCACAUCAUCUUUCGUAAAACAAGGCGAUUAUUCUUCAGGUGUCUUUUGCACGCGCUCCAACACCCGUGUGGCGCGCAUUACCGUAAUUUCAUAAUCCAAGUUUUAGGACAUUGGUUAUAUUCCAUAUUAAUAUUGUAUCCUUCAAUUUUGCUUAAUUAUGGGUUUUUAUUAUUUUAUAUUGAUUAAUUAAUCAAUUAGUUGUAUGUAUAGAACAAAUCGAGGAGAAUGUAAAAAUUAGUGAAAAAAAAAAUGUGGACAAAAAAGAGUGGGAGCAAGGUAAGAUAAGGAAGGAAUCCCACUAAUUGUUUGUCUUUUUGAAGUUUGUAUGAGUAAAAGAAUUUUCAAUGAUUAA